CGAGUCUGUAGAGGGGGGAUGGAUAGUUGGCAGGAUGUCGUCUCGGGCGCAGCGCAGUGGGUUUUCUGAAGGCUGCGGCGCGUGCCGCAUGCCAACACCGGCGGUGACCUCGUACGACCCUAUUAAAACAAGAUACACCGUCAAUCCCACGUAGUCACCAGAAGACGCCAUGAGGUUCAUCUACACGUGUUUGUGCUUCGCCUCCGUGCUGAAGAUCGUUCUGCCGGCGCCGGCGAACGGUUUCGUGUUCCCGGAUGAACGGAGACGGGAGAAGAAGCUGGAGCCAGUGAUCACUCCGCCUGUUCUGCCAGUUUUGGAACAUUUGGAGCGUGAUCCGAGUACUCUGCUGCCUCAUGAGAGACGUGCUCCGGGACCUGGUCCAGUGAAGCCGAGAUUUGGCUUUGGUGGAGGUUUCAAUGUGGCUCCUUCAGGGACUGGAGGCCUGACAGCGAGUGUGAGCAGCAGUGCGAAUGGUUUGGGCGGCAGUCAGUCCGCGUCCCAGUCGUUUUCGUUCGGGUUCAAUGAAGGGUUCAGCGCAUCGCACUCCGCCAGCCAAGCGUCGUCGUUCAAUGGAUUCGGAAGCGGCUUCAGCGGCAGUCAAGCAAGCAGCCAAGCGGCUUCAUUCAGCGGCUCUGGUCUGUCAGCGUCAGGAGCUACUUCAUCUGCUUCGGCCCUCGGAGGCGGAUUCGGAGGUGGAAGCCAAAGCCAGAGUGCAUCCUCAGCUUUUGGUUUCAACUCUUUGAAUGGAUUCCAACAACAACCUUAUUUCGGCGACGGCCUAUUGGAUGUCAGACACAGGGGCAUCCCUAACUUCCCCUUUCCCCCCGAUUUUGUGGGCAGAAGUAAGGGGGUAGGUGCAGCAGCAUUCCGAAGUGGAAAAGCUGGUCCUUCAUCAAGAAAUAAUAAUGAUUUCUUGGCGGUUCUAGUCUCCGAUUAAUUGACACUAGAUGGUAAUAUAGAUAGAUAGUAAUAUAUCGAUCAAAUCUUAUAUCGAGACUUUAGGUAAUCUAUACUUUGUUAUUAUGCCACUUACCGCCGUACUCGGAGUCAUUUAAUGGUUAUUUAACCCUGUCCUUAGUAACUGUUUUCGAUCCAAAAUCCUUUAAGUAAACAUUAAAUGUCUCUGAGUGCGGCUGUUAGCGUCUGUUUCACCACCUUCAUAUACCUAAGUGUUUAGAUAAACUUAUGUAGCAGAUAGUUCAUACAAAAUACAACAUUAGAUCUGGUACUAUCGGCAAAGUUUACGAGAGUACACUUUUUCAACAAAAUUCUGUGGCAAAAUUGCUAUCCAUUCUGUUUUCCUUGUGGUCGCUCGCACCGAGUGCCUGUGAAUAUCUCAUAAUGAUGGUCAACCGCCAACUAUGUCGAUUGUACAUAGCGGCUAUCUAGACAUUUUACGCGCUAAGCGACUAACAGAUCAAGGAUAAACCACGAUUUACGAAUUUAAAAGUCAAUCGAAUGAAGUCUCGAUGAAGAGUGU